AUGUUCGCUGCACGCAACGCUUCGCGCAUCUCGCGCAUGGCUCCCCGCCAAACCACCAUCUUGACGCGAGCCACGCCCGCGACCCAACGAGGCCUCACCAUCAGCUACCCUGUCUUCAAGGCCAACCCCGUCAACGAGACCCAGGUCCCGGCCACAGUCUACUCCCCCGACGGCAAGAUGCCCCGCGGGGUGCAGGUCACCAUCCCCGUCCGCCCCGAGGACAAGAUUGGCCCAUCUGUGCCCGCUACAAACGAGAUGGAGGACCUCACCACCCUCACCGAUGAGUCCUACAAGAUGCUCCCUGCGACCGUCAAGUCGAUGACUGUGAAGGGCAAGGUCAUCAUUGUCACUGGUGGCGCCCGAGGACUGGGCAACUACAUGGCGCGAGCCUGCGCAGAGGCCGGCGCCAAGGCCAUCGCCCUCUUCGACGCGAACCAGGACCUCGGCGACGCGUCGGCGGCGGAGCUGCACGCCAAGACGGGCCUCCCCGUGACGUUCUAUAAGGUGGACGUGCGGGACGGCGGCGCCAUCAACGCGGCGGUGCAGUCCGUGUGCAACACGUAUGGCGCGCCCGACGUUCUCAUCAACUCAGCCGGCAUCGCCGACAGCAACCUCCCCGCCGAGACGUACGACGCGGCCAUGUUCCGGCGCCUGGUGGACAUCAACCUGACGGGCUCGUUCCUCAUGUCGCAGGCCGUCGGGAGGGCGGCCAUCGCCGCGGGAAAGGGCGCAUCGAUCGUGCUGGUCGCGUCCAUGAGCGGCUCCAUCGUCAACUACCCGCAGGAGCAGUCGUGCUACAACGCGUCCAAGGCGGGCGUCAUCCAGCUGGGCAGGUCGCUGGCGGCCGAGUGGGCAAAGUACAACAUCCGCGUCAACUGCAUCUCCCCGGGAUACAUGGACACCGCCCUCAACAAGGUCCCCGCCCUCGACGCCCAGAAGAAGAUCUGGAAGGGCCUCACCCCGCAGGCCCGCCUCGGCAACGUUGACGAGCUAAACGGCCUCUGCGUCUUCCUUGCUUCUGAUGCUUCAAGCUUCAUGACUGGCUCCAACUGCAUCAUCGACGGGGGUUACUCUCUACUAGGGAGGUGA